ACAGUAUUGAGAUUUGUGGAAAAAGUACUACAGCCACACUGAAAACAUAACUCUGCUGUUAAAUAGCUGAUAAAGACUCAGGCAGACAAACUCUAAAAAUGAACGGAAAGCAUAUAGUUAGCGCUAUCCGAGCUCUCCGGUUGACCAACUUCAGCCAGUGGAAGGGAGCCGCUAGCAGUUUCACUGUGCGCCACUAUGCCUCUCCACCCAAGCGGUUCUACAAGAAGACUUCCGUACUGAGCGGCGACAGCGGCUAUGAAGUGGUGUUGGAUCACCGGAAACUGAAAACGCCCAAAGGCACACCCUUCAUCGUCCGCAGCGAACCCCUGGCUAUUGCUGUAGCCACUGAGUUCGACGCCCAGAAGGAAAACAUCGAGCGUUCCCGCAUGCACUUAUCCGCGCUCUGCUUCACGGCCAUUGACAAUCCCAAUCACCUCUCCAAGUUGGACAUGGUCAACUACCUGCUCAACUUCAUUGGCACAGACACGGUGCUCUUCCAGUACGACGACGAAAAGGACCUGCAGGACCUACAGGUGAACGAAUGGGACCCGGUAAUCGCCUGGUUCAACCAGCGCUACGACACAAACCUGCAGAAGACCAUGAACAUAACGCCGCCUCAGGUCAGCGAGCAGGAUAAAAUGAAUGUCGCAAAGCAUUUUCAGUCCUACAGUUUGGAAACGCUGCAUGGCUUCAUUUUCGCUGUGGACACCUUGAAGUCGAUUGUCCUUGCCUGCGCCGUCAUCGAGCAGAUGCUUACCGUGGAGAAGGCUGUUGCCCUGGCGCGUCUAGAGGAAGAAUAUCAGCUUAAGUUUUGGGGUCGCGUGGAGUGGGCACAUGACUUAAGCCAACAGGAGUUGCAAGCACGUCUGGCGGCUGCCGUGCUCUUCAUACAUCUUAACUGUUCGGAAAACCUUGUUAAGCAAAAGAUAAUUCUUUAAAAGAAAAAUACUUGUGCAACAUAUGAGUUGACUACCACGGGAUUAUGACAGCACGUGGGUCUCCUAAUACAUAGGACAUAAUAAUAGAUGUAUAUAAAUCGCGCCUAGCUUCAAACUUAUCAAGGGCAGGUCAUCCCCCUUUUUUUUAGCUCUUACCGGUUUCAUUGUAUAACAAAACCAAAAAAUAAGCAAUGUGGUUGGAUCCAUCUAUCAUGUCCAAGAACGCUGUAUAUGUACCUAUUAUGUCCAUGUGUGUAUAAGUUAUCGGACGUCUGACAAAUGAUAUUCGGGAUCUCUGAACUGUAUAAUUUAUAAAGUUGAUAUUGACGCCUCUAA